AUGGGAAAUGAUCAAGACCCAAACGAUGCCUCAUCAAAAGCCGCAGCCCGAGCGAGCCAAGUCUCAGACCACCUAAACACCACCCAAGACCAAAAGAAGCCCAACACAAGCCGAAGACGUCGAAAAGACAAGAAAGACGAACUGCCUGCAGACUACUCCGACAUCCUCUCACACGUCGCAAAACUCCGCGAAAUCGCCAACACACCGGACCAAUCCCGUCGCGGCUACGUGCGCCAGAAACAGGACGGCAAGCUCUGGGUGCGAGAACGGAUCGACAAACUCCUCGACGCUGGGUCUUUCAAGGAAGUCGGCUCAGUCAGCGGACAUGUCACUUGGAAGCAACUAGGUGGCGAGAGAGAGGAGCCUGUUGAUUAUCUGCCGCAUAAUAACCUGCAGGGUUUUGGGCGGCUUAAUGGGAGGCAGAUUAUCUUCACGGCGGAUGAUUUCUCCAUUCGGGCGGGGCAUCAGGAUGGAAAUCUCAUGGCGAAGACGCUCUGGUCGGAGAAGAUGAGCGUGAGUAUGAAGUUGCCUAUGAUCAAGUUGACGGAUGGGAGUUCUGGCGGCGGAUCCGUCUCGACUAUUGCGGCGACGGGGUUCAGUUACGUGCCUCCCAUGCAAGGUUUCGACGUUGUCGUGAAGCAAUUGAAUAUGGGCAUUCCCAAUCUCGGCGCAGUGCUGGGUCCUGCGAUCGGUCUAGGGGCCGCGCGAGUCGUGAGCUGUCACUUCAGCGUGAUGGCUGGGAAUGUAGGGAGUCUGUUCAACGCUGGACCACAGGUCGUCAAGAACGCCACAUUCGAAGAGGGAUUAUCGAUGACAGAUCUCGGAGGCCCCGCGAUGCACUGCACGAACGGAACAAUCGACAAUCUCGCAGCAUCCGAAGAAGAAUGCUUCGAACAGAUCCGCACAGUAUUAAGCUACCUCCCCAACUGUGGCACACAGGUCCCCCCAACAAUCCACACCGAUGACCCAGUCGAUCGAGAAGACAUCUCCCUCCGCUCCGUGAUCCCCCGCAAACGGGAAAGAAUGUACGACCCGCGCAAAAUCAUCACCGGCGUCGUGGACAAAGAUUCCUUCUUCGAAAUCGGGCCCCUCUGGGGCCGCACCGCCAUCAUCGGGCUCGCACGACUGGGAGGCAGACCGAUCGGCAUCAUUUCCAACAACGCCGAACUCCUAACUGGUGCCAUCGACGCCGCAGGUGCGCAGAAACUAACUCGCCACCUGAAAUUCUGCGACAUCUUCAACCUCCCCGUCCUCCAAUUCGUCGACGUACCAGGCUACGCCGUCGGCACCGUAGCAGAACGCACCGCGACGAUGCGGUGGGGCGUGGAACUCACAAAAGCGUACUACACGACCACCAUGCCGCUCUUCAACGUCAUCACACGGAAAUGCUACGGCGUCGCGGGAGGCGUCAUGGUCGAUUGUCGGGAACCGCACGCGCGCGUGGCGUGGCCUUCAGGGGAAUGGGGCAGUCUGCCGCUCGACGGGGGGAUUGAUGUCGGGCAUAGCUAUGAGCUGUCGCAGAUUGAGAAGGAGAAGGGGGUGGAGGCGAGGAUGGAGAGGUAUUUGGAGUUGCAGACGAUGUAUCGGCGGUUGAUGAAUCCCGUUAGGACGGCGAAUCACUUUAGUAUUGAGGAGAUUAUUGAUCCGGCGCAUACGAGGCAGGUUGUGAGUGAGUGGGUGAGGAUGGUUUAUGAGAGUGAUUUGCCGGAGAGGGUGGUGCAUAGGAUGAGUGGGAAGUUACAGCCGCUUUAUGCGUGA